GGUCCAAGAUGACUCCCAGCCCUUCCUGUUAUGGAGAGCUCCAACUCUGGAUUCGUCCGAUGGAUUCUGGAAAAGGCCCCUCCAGAGCCCCUUCCCUCGGCCCAGGACGGCCCGGGUCGGGAAGGGGGUUUCCAGCUGCCGGGGCUACGGUCCGGCCGCCGAACCCAGCCGAGCCCUGCCACAGCCGGGGGAGGCGCUGGGGUGGCGUCGUCCACGGCCGCCCGGGCUCGGCGCGCGGGGCGGGGCCGCGGGUGGCCGCGAGAGGCAUCCAUCUUCCCGGGCCAGCGGGCGUCUCCUCACCGAGCGGGGCGGGGGCGGAGGCGAGAGCGAAGGGCUAGGGCCGCGGCGCCACCCCUCCCGUGAGCUCCGUUCCUCUUCGCCGAGUCCCGCGCGGCAGGUGGGGCCGCCGCCCGCCGCUCGCUCUCUGGGCGCGGGGAGCCGCGGGCCGUGAGCGCGCCGACAACUUUGCGGCCGCCAGGGGCGCGGCUCCUCCCGGUGCGCGUGCGAGUGUGCAGGGCAGCGGCGGCCUCCUGGGGGCAGCAGCGGAAAGCGGUACGAGGAGAAAGAGGCAGCUCCGGCGCCCCGUGGCCCAGGAGGCAGAGGCCCCUCGCGGCGCCGGCUGUCGAGACCUAAACUCUGCCGGGGCUGUGCCCAGGACGCGUUCGAACGGCGCAGCGGCCGCCUUCCCGGCCAGCAGCGGGGACUCGCUCUAGGAUUACGUUUCCUUUCGCCUGCCCGGGCGCUGGCAGCCGUCUUUGCCGACGGGGGAGCGGCGGCCGCGGCCGCAGCAUCCCGGCCCGGGUGGGACCCCCCGAGCGCCGGAGCCGGCGACGGGAGCAAGAAAGGAGGGUCGCGACGCCCGCCCUCCACGGCCUGCCCUGUCCCGAGCGCCGGGUGCGGGUUUCUAACAAUGGUGCGGAGCGCCGGCGCGAACCCCGCGUCCGCCCCGCGGCCGUAGAGGAAGUGGCUGGCUCCGGGUGGGGUGGGCGACGCCCCCCGCCGCUCGCUCGAAGGAGUUUGCCUGCGCGCCGGGCCUCUCCGGCCCCGAACCCGGCUCCCCGCCGGAUCACCGACGGCAGUCGAACCGGAGAGUAUGGUGCCGGCGCCCGGCUUAAUCUAGUCUCCGGCUCGCUUCUUCUUUCCGCCUCCUCGUCUUCCUCCUCCUUUACCUCCUGUCGGAGCUGCCUCUGGGUUCCCGGUGUGUGGGAGUACAACUCUCUGCCUCUCCAAGGAGACCGGUUUGUGACAGCCUAACAGAACUUGCCCAUUGAAAGCAAACCCAGAACAGCUGGAUAAUGUCCACUCCGAGCAGAUUCAAAAAGGACAAAGAGAUCAUAGCCGAGUAUGAAAGUCAAGUCAAAGAAAUUCGAGCUCAGCUGGUAGAACAGCAAAAAUGCCUGGAACAGCAAACAGAGAUGAGAGUUCAGCUUCUCCAGGACCUGCAGGAUUUCUUCCGGAAAAAAGCUGAAAUUGAGACGGAAUAUUCUCGGAACCUAGAGAAGUUAGCAGAAAGGUUCAUGGCAAAGACAAGAAGCACUAAGGAUCAUCAACAGUACAAGAAAGACCAGAACUUGUUGUCUCCAGUGAACUGCUGGUAUCUGCUUCUGAACCAAGUGAGAAGAGAGAGCAAAGACCAUGCAACCUUGAGUGACAUCUACCUGAACAAUGUGAUUAUGCGGUUCAUGCAGAUAAGUGAGGACUCGACCAGGAUGUUUAAAAAGAGCAAAGAGAUUGCAUUCCAACUUCAUGAGGAUUUGAUGAAGGUCCUUAAUGAACUCUAUACGGUGAUGAAAACAUACCAUAUGUAUCACGCAGAGAGCAUCAGUGCAGAGAGCAAGCUGAAAGAGGCUGAGAAACAGGAAGAGAAGCAAAUCGGAAGGUCUGGGGAUCCCGUCUUUCAUAUCAGACUGGAAGAGAGACAUCAGCGGCGAAGCUCUGUAAAGAAAAUUGAAAAAAUGAAAGAAAAAAGACAAGCAAAGUAUUCAGAAAAUAAGCUAAAAUCGAUUAAGGCACGGAAUGAGUAUCUCCUAACCCUUGAAGCAACCAAUGCCUCGGUUUUCAAGUAUUAUAUUCAUGAUCUUUCAGACUUAAUUGACUGCUGUGAUCUUGGCUACCAUGCAAGUCUGAACAGAGCCCUGAGAACAUAUCUCUCUGCAGAGUAUAAUCUUGAAACUUCCAGACAUGAAGGCUUAGACAUUAUUGAGAAUGCAGUUGACAAUUUGGAGCCCAGGAGUGAUAAGCAGAGAUUCAUGGAGAUGUACCCUGCCGCAUUCUGUCCACCAAUGAAAUUUGAGUUUCAGUCUCACAUGGGUGAUGAGGUGUGUCAGAUCAGCGCCCAGCAGCCGGUCCAGGCAGAGCUCAUGCUCAGGUACCAGCAGCUGCAGUCCCGACUGGCCACGCUCAAAAUCGAGAACGAGGAGGUGAAAAAAACGACCGAAGCCACCUUGCAGACCAUACAAGAUAUGGUCACCAUCGAGGACUACGAUGUCUCUGAAUGCUUCCAGCAUAGCCGCUCCACGGAGUCUGUGAAGUCUACAGUCUCUGAGACCUACCUGAGUAAGCCCAGCAUCGCCAAGAGAAGAGCAAACCAGCAGGAGACAGAGCAGUUCUACUUCAUGAAACUCAGAGAAUAUUUGGAAGGUAGUAAUCUCAUCACAAAGCUUCAAGCCAAACAUGACUUGUUGCAGAGGACCCUUGGAGAAGGUCAUAGAGCUGAGUAUAUGACUACAAGGCCUCCAAAUGUUCCCCCUAAGCCCCAGAAACACAGGAAGUCCAGACCCUGCUCACAGUAUAAUGCUAAGUUGUUUAAUGGGGAUUUGGAAACAUUCGUCAAGGACUCAGGACAGAUUAUCCCUCUCAUUGUGGAAAGCUGUAUUCGGUUCAUCAACCUCUAUGGUCUUCAGCAUCAGGGGAUUUUCAGAGUGUCUGGUUCCCAGGUGGAGGUCAAUGAUAUUAAAAAUUCAUUUGAGAGAGGUGAAAACCCUUUAGCUGAUGACCAGAGUAACCAUGAUAUUAACUCAGUGGCUGGCGUUCUGAAGCUCUAUUUCCGUGGGCUGGAAAACCCCCUCUUUCCUAAGGAAAGAUUUAAUGAUCUGAUUUCUUGUAUCAGAAUAGAUAAUCUCUGUGAGAGGGCGCUUCACAUCCGCAAACUCCUCCUGACCUUGCCUAGGUCCGUCCUUAUAGUGAUGAGGUACCUCUUUGCCUUCCUCAAUCACCUUUCACAGUACAGCGAUGAGAACAUGAUGGACCCAUAUAACCUGGCCAUUUGUUUUGGCCCCACAUUAAUGCCUGUCCCUGAAAUACAGGAUCAAGUGUCUUGUCAGGCUCAUGUGAAUGAAAUUGUCAAAACCAUCAUCAUCCACCAUGAAACUAUUUUCCCAGAUGCUAAAGAGCUGGAUGGCCCUGUUUAUGAGAAGUGUAUGGCUGGAGACGACUACUGUGACAGCCCAUACAGUGAGCACGGUACAUUGGAGGAAGUGGAUCAGGAUGCUGGUACAGAGCCCCACACCAGUGAAGACGAAUGUGAGCCAAUAGAAGCAAUAGCCAAGUUUGACUACAUGGGGCGAUCUGCCAGAGAACUGUCCUUCAAGAAGGGGGCCUCCCUGCUGCUGUAUCACCGGGCGUCUGAGGACUGGUGGGAAGGCAGGCACAACGGCAUCGAUGGGCUCGUGCCGCACCAGUAUAUUGUGGUGCAGGAUAUGGACGAUACGUUUUCAGACACUCUGAGCCAAAAAGCUGAUAGCGAGGCCAGCAGUGGGCCAGUCACUGAGGACAAGUCUUCAUCCAAGGACAUGAACUCCCCAACAGACCGGCACCCUGACAGCUAUCUAGCCAGACAAAGAAAAAGAGGAGAGCCACCCCCUCCAGUAAGGCGUCCUGGCAGGACCAGUGAUGGCCAUUGCCCCUUGCACCCACCGCAUGCUCUUUCCAACUCCUCGGUUGACCUGGGGUCCCCAAGCCUGGGCAGUCACCCCCGGGGCCUACUGCAGAACCGUGGCCUCAACAACGACAGUCCUGAGAGGAGGCGCAGGCCAGGCCAUGGCAGCCUGACCAAUAUCAGCCGGCACGAUUCCCUCAAGAAGAUUGACAGUCCUCCUAUUAGAAGGUCCACGUCGUCGGGGCAAUACACAGGCUUCAAUGACCAUAAGCCAUUGGACCCAGAGACAAUCGCUCAGGAUAUCGAGGAGACGAUGAACACUGCUCUGAAUGAACUGCGCGAACUAGAGAGACAGAGUACAGCAAAGCACGCCCCCGACGUGGUGCUGGACACCUUAGAACAAGUGAAGAACGCUCCCACCCCGGCCACAUCCACGGAAUCUCUCAGCCCUUUGCACAACGUGGCCCUCCGCAGCUCGGAGCCACAGAUCCGACGGAGCACUAGCUCCUCCAGUGAUACAAUGAGUACUUUCAAGCCUAUGGUGGCACCCAGAAUGGGUGUGCAAUUGAAGCCACCAGCCCUCCGGCCAAAACCUGCUGUUCUUCCAAAAACAAACCCUACCGUAGGACCUGCCCCACCUUCCCAAGGUCCAGCAGACAAGUCUUGCACAAUGUGAAGACCAAGCGGGCAAGGUCAUCUGGGCUGGUGAUUUUAAAAGAAACGGGUCACUGACAAAAGUCACUGAUCCAUAACUUUCCUUAGUUUUGUGCUUAUAACUGGAGAUUUUUGGCUUUUCUAUGUUCUCGAAUGUAAUGUCUGAGACUAGCUAAAUUAACACGGGCAUUUGUAUUUUGUAAUUUUUUUCCUUUUUUUUUUUUUAAAUAACUGGACAUAUCUAUGUCAUUUUAAAGACAAUAGAAACACUUAGAUUUACUUGAAAAUCCAAUGCUGCACCAUUUGUAAUGAAGGCAACACCGCUCCGGCCUCCGCGUGGUAGAGUGCUUUGGGCUUAGUGUAGUGUGGGUGAGUCAGAAACGUCUGGAUCCGAAGGCAUGAGAAUCUGAGUUCCAGGCCCCAGUGUGAAACCACUGUUGGCCUGCAUGGCACUUGGGGUAGUAGCUGAAAGGUUGCCAGCGGCAUUGUUAGGUAGCUGACCGUGAGCGCCUCUGCCCCGUGCAGUGGGACGUUCCCGGGCGAACUUGCAGCCCACCGCCUGAAUGAGUUGGAUGGUUGCCUCUUUCAUAAGAGCCAUUUCCCUCGGGUCCAGGUUAAAAGCUCAAAAGAAUGGGGUCAGAACCCCUGCAGUUACUGCUUGAGCUGAACCUAAGAAAGGAGAGAGAGAGAGAAUCCUCCGGAGCUCUCAGCAUGACUCCUUCCACAAACUUGCUCAGGCCCCCGAAGAUUUCCAAGUCCAUCCCCUGCAUUCACAAAGGACCAGAACAGUCUAAUUUCAAAGACUUGUGGUUACGCUACUCCCCAGACUCCUUCAGAGAUCUGUUGUUGCUAACUGCCUAGGGAAUACUUCUAGCUCCCCUAAACCGCUGUGUUCUCCCCCUGGAAACGGAGCACGCACACGGCACACAAGUCCUUGCCUCACUCAGCUUUCCCUUCCAGCUAAAUGACUUCGGUCCUUUAAACAUGCUACAGAGGCCUGAGGAACCUAAGUGGAAUCCCCAGCUCUGCUCUCCGUGUGUCUUUCUGAGCCAGCCAAGAACUAGCUACGGUACCCAAGGACGGGCCAUGCUGGCCAAGGUGGGAGGGGCACCUCAUGGUUCCGGGGUGACUUCCUUCCAACCUAGCACCCUGGAUCCGUUGACUUUUUCCUUUUUUUUUUUUUUCACAUGGUCUCAAGAGAACUCAGAUGGUCAGGUGAGCUCCAUGAGGGACCCUCUUCCUCUGACAUCUGAGCCCCAAAAACAGUUAUCUCUUUGUUUUUCCUCUGUCUUAAAAAGUUGUUUUGAAUUCAGUUGUUUUUGCUAAGGUACAAAUCACUGCUCCUACCAACAGCAGCUUAUGGCAUCCUAUCUACUCUGUCACUGAACUUACUGAUGAAGAGACUUUUUUUUUUUUUUUUUAAAGAAAAAUGGAUGGCCCGGACUAACCCCUCUCCCUCUCAACCACCAUUAUUUCCUUCUAGGUUUGGAUUCAAACUGGAGGCCACCGGGCUUCCCAUCCAAGAGUGACAGAGUAUGGACUUGACUCUGUUAACCCACUAGCAAAUGCCUCCUGCAGGAAAGAAUGAGGAUCUGUACUAAAAAUCAAGAUCGUUACUGUGAUUUCUCCCUCUGUUUACCAAUCUAAUCAUUCUAAUGCAGAGAGAGAUUAAAUUAAUGAGAUAGGGUUACCUUUCAAAGUCACACUUCUGGUUGCUUGUCUGUGGCCUAAUUUCACAAAUGGAUUGAAUAGAGAAUUUUUUUCAAGUAUUUCCAGGUAUGGUAAGCUUUCAAAUCUGAGUUUUCUAAAGCAUCCUCUUUGCUCACUUUGAAGACGAUGCCCCAUCGGCAUCUUAUCCAGCCCCUCACCAUUUCUCUUGAGCCUCAGUGGUCCCUCAGCAACUUGAGACACCAUGGACACUAAGCCAGGAUUGAGCUCUGAGUAGCACUAACCCUUUUAAACCAUCUUCCCAAAUUCCUAGGAAAUUGAAACUUUCCUGAAUAACCUCUCAGUUCUUUUCAGAUUCCACUUUGGUCUCUAAUUCUCUGCUACUAUAUGGGGAAACAGAAGCAGAGAACAAAAAUGAAAAUAAUGAAGUGGGGAGGAGACUUUAGAUAUUUUUUAGACAUUGAAAGAAAAAGUAUUUCUUUAAAGCAUUUUUCCAUCUUUGAUGGAAGAGUAAGAUGUGAACAGAGGUCAUCAAAAGGGCAGAGGCAUGUUGAAUUUAUUAUGGGGAGAGGAGGUAUCUUUUACAAGUUAUAACUUAGAUCUUACUCCUGCAAGUUUAUGUCUUCAGACUUUUCCCUGGUAAUCCCGCACAGUGUCUCCUCUCUUCAGUGUUUACACCUCUGAUGAAACGAGGGUUGCCUCUCCAACCACCAAAUUUGGAUUCUGCUCCCUUGGGUAGCAGAAGACAUGCUGCUCUAAAGCCUCAGGACCUCAGAGGCUGUGCCUUCUUGCAGGAAACAUCUCAUGCUCUCCCAUCACUCCCUUAACAUCUCUCUCUCUUCUCUCCCUAUACUCCUGGUGACAUCCCAAAGCCUUUCUUUUUCUUUUUCUUUUUUUUCCUAUCUCCCCUCCCCCCUUCCCAUGGAUGUAACCUCACAGUGAGUAAGGACUCACCUUUUCUUACUUUGUUUUAGUAAGGAGUCUUCAGAUUCCAGGGCCACUUCACAAAGGAUCCAGAAUAACACCCUGUAAGCUCAUUAAAAGUUUCUGCAGCCGGAGGCUUCACCCAGCCCUCUGUACAGCUACAGGUGUAACAGUGGGAGGAGGGAAGGUGCGAGGAAUGGGCAGAAAGAAAAGAAUCUGGAGAUGUUACGUCCCCAGUUUCAAGGAUCAGAUCCUUCUUCAUGCAGAGUUUGGGAAGGAUCAUUCUGAUGGCUCUACAGAGCUGAGCAGACUCCACUUACACAAGAAUAGAUACUCACAGCUGAUAGAACUGUUCAUGUCCCAUCCACAGAACUCACUGAAGUAGGCUUACCAAGUUGACCUUUUGGUCAGGGUCAGGGUUGUUGGGAGAGGGUCAUUAGGAGAGAGAGAAAUGUACUUAGUACAGAUUUUCUGAUGAGUGUCCUAUAAAUGUUUUGAACCAGUCAAAUGGCCCUAUGCAGAGCUCUGCAUUCAUGUUAAGUCAACACUAUCGCUCAACGGUUUUGCACGUUUUCACGCAACGUAAUUUGACUUUGGUGCUCCUUGAUCCAUCCAUAGAAAAAUUUACAGCAGGUCCCACUUACUCUACCGUGGUGGGCGUGAACAGCCCUCAGUGGAUAGAGCAGGUCACACUGUAUCAGUCAAGAGUUUUCUUGAUACUUUUGCCAUUCCCAAAAUGGGCUUAUAAUUUAAUUAAGGAAAAGAUACAAGUGGGAAGGAUAGUGGUCUCUUCAGCUUUGGGUCUAUAAAAUGAAGAAACUUUAAUAUGAUAAUUACAGCCUCUAAAAUUUAAAGAGCCCACACUAUACAUUAGGUAACUGGAAUUUAAAUAAACUUUCAGAAAAUAAAGAGCCCAGAGAUCUGUUGAGGGUUUAGAAGACUUCAGAUUUAGGAUCAUAUUCAUUUUAUUCCACAGUAGUGAGAGGCCACAAAUGCAGGAAAAGCACUUGGGACUGAGUCUUGCCCUGGGUUACCCACCACUGAGUCUGCAGAAGGGGAGUGACUUAGAGGUGAAGGCUCACCCAUGUAUGCAAUAGAGCUCCCUACUCCAGACCCCGUCACCCCAGCUGAAAACCCAGCCUCCAGCUGGGCUGGGAUGUCAGGCUGCAUUUGGCACACACACUGCCCCCCACUACCCUUGGUUCAGAUCAGUAAAACAAACUGGAAAUCAAGCUUUCACUUACCCUAGUAUACUUUCUUUAAAAAAAUAAAUAGUCUAUGUGGUAUAAUCGAAUGGGUACCUGUAUCCUUAAAUUACAUAGGGACUUUUGUAUGUUUAAAUAAUUGUACUGGGUUCCAUAAUGCUUAUCUUAGAAACCGUUUAGUAAAAUAUAUAAGCCGUGCAUUUGCGAAUGCCCCCUUUAGAGCAUUCAUCCAAGUUCAAUGUGUAGCGUGAUGGUUAUUCUAGAUGUUUAAAGUAAAGUGAAUGACUGUGUAACAGGAGAGACUGCUAUUUACCUAUGGACUGGAGGGUAACUCCUGCCCACUUAAUUAAAUCAGUAUUGUCCUUUUCUGUUGGUUUGAUCAAUUACAGUACUGGUAGCUUCCUGCUUGUGACUGUUACCUAAAUCGUGUCGAUGUACAUCUGUAGUAUGUACAUGUGAAGUGCCUUUCUAUUUUAGAGGAGUUUUAGCCUUGCUUUUUACUGUUUCCCGCCCCCCCCCAUCCGUCCACCCCACCCAGCUCCUGCUCCCUGACACCCCCGCCCCCACCUCCCGCUUCCCGCCCCAAUUCCUACCGCCCACAUGAGUGGAAACUUCCUCUGCCUUCUCCCUGCUUCUCCGUGCCCUUUCCUGUGCCUCGGUGCUCAGUAUCGUCCGUCUUGCAUCCUUGUCGGUCAUCAGACUGUCUCGUUUUGCUGGUAGCCGUGACUGUGCCUUUCCCGCCCGCAGUGUCCCCGCAUCCCCCCUCCCUCUCUGAGCUGCUGCCGCCCAAACUGCGUCGCCUGUGUUCUGCCCCCUGUUACAGUCCCUGAGCUCUGAGGCGGAAAUGGGGGGAUGCUGUUACAGUUCUGGAAGAAAAGAAAUGUUUUGUUAAUCUGUUGUGACAAUGCACUUUUAUGUAUAGUACUGUACAUUCUGGCAUGUACCACUCCAGGCUUCAGUAUACAGUCGGGUCUGCUCUUCACGGUGUAUCUUUAUAAUAAAUAAGAUAGUUCUGGCUGC